GGAGCGCUGGGCAGUCUUUGUUUCCGAAACGCCUUGAGACUAAGCCAACAUGAAGGCAGUUCUGUUCCUCGCUGUCCUUUGCGUCGUCGCCUACGCUCAUCACGAAGAAGGCCACACUGAAGAGCAUCAUGAAGGCCACGAAGGCCACCACGGUAACCACACUGAUGAGCAAGGGCCCCACCCGCAUCAUCACGGACAUCAUCAUGGACACCAUCAUGGACAUCAUGGCUCCGUCUGCAACCUGCCAGAGCAAUCACUUGCUUCUGUGGUGGAGUGCGUUACACAUAACGUCACUGAGGAGGUCCUGGAAAAGCUGAACCGCGUGAGCCAGGGUCUUCAAUGCGAAACCAUCCUCUGUGGAAUCAAGAAGUUUUGUGAGAGAGAUGGCACUCUGGAAAACAACCGAACCGACGUUUUCACGACUGAGCAGAACCAGCAGCUGCGUGUAGCCUUCUAUACAUGUCGGCCCCAGCAAGUGGUCCCUCAUGAAGAAGCACCUCAGCAGGUCAGCGAAGUCGCACCUGAAGCCUAAAUUUUGUAAAUAACGUUAAAUCAACAUGCGUUUACUUAAAGCUCAAAUAAAUACCCGCAUCCCAUGCGUUUCGUAA